GUAAGCCCAUUGACAAUUUCGAUGACCAAUUUGAUAAUAGCCAUCGGUUUCGUCUAGAAAUAUUCUUUGUCCUUAUCCCUAUCUAUUUAUUUUUUGCUUUUUUUUCAACAGUGAAAGAAAGUUUGGUGGCGAGCAAUUUUCUCGCCGACUGCGAUUUUUCCCUCGAAAUUUUCCCGGAAAAUUCCCCCAACCCUAAUCCCUGCUCUGUUCCCGCUGCGAUUAGUUACUACUUAUCGGUAUCUUUGUGGUCCGAAAAAUGGUUAUGGAUCUGUCCUUGGUUGCCGAUGCAGUCACAGCAAUUGCCAGCGAACAGGGGCUAGGGUUUGGGCUUGCGAAUUUGCCUCUCCCGCGCCAAAAUUUCAUCUCGAUCAGCAACCUCGCGCUCUCCGAUUGUCCCGCCGACCCGCUCGCCAGCGUCCUCCAAACCUCGGCGAUCAUCGUGGACGCGCUGGCCCCGCCUCCUGUGAAGCCGAACAAGCACCGAACUGCCCGCCGGACGCUGAUCCGGAAAAAGAGACGCACCAAGCGGGGUUCCUCGACCGGCGGAGACUCGGAUGAUUUUGGGGUUUUCGGCGGGGACGAAGGCGGCAGCGGCGGCGAGGGUCCGUUCGGAUUCGGCGGCGGCGGAGGGAGGUGGGGCAGCGGCGGCGGCGGUUGGGAUUUUGGCAGGUUUGGUGAGCAGAAUUGGGACGAAUCGUCUUCUUCCUGGUGGUCGAGUUGCAACUUCGCUUAUGGGUUCGUCUACGAGGUGGUAUACUGGAUUGCCCUGUCGAACUGUGUGCAUUUUGCUUUCAAGAAGGUUGCCAGAAUCAUGGCGGAUGGGGUUGGGAAUGGUGAGCUGCAGCAGAGAGCAAAGGUUCAUCAAAUGGGACUGACUCCCGUCUACUGACCUCUGGUAACGAAUUUCAGACUCUUGCAACUAUAGGAGAGAAUUGGGUGAACAAGAAACAGACAUUGAACUAGUCUUCCUUUGAUGUACAUAUUGUAUAUGGUUAUGGUUAUGGUUAUGGUUAUGGUUAUCGCCAUUGUUCCACUCUCCGUGAAAGAAAGAAGGGAGAAACACACAUAUAUAUACAUUGUCAUUAUGGAAUCCAUUAGAGGGAUCUGAUCGAUUUGAUUUGUACAUAUACUUCAUUUGCAUUUAGGCCUUAGGGGAGUUCUGUUCAUUCCAGUGUCGGGUUAAUCUAUUCCAUACCUUAUUUCUCUUCAAAGUUCAGUUCUUUAAACAAAUGCUUCUAGUGGAUCGUGGAGCCGGCUCACGUAUGACGUGGUCAUGUGAAUAGUGACAUCUUUAGCUAACCUUGAGGAUCAAUUGGCAAUUAGAAAACCAGGGUUGUUGAUCCUCUGUAGCUUUUGGGUGAUGUAGGGAAAGAAGCCUGACUUGUGACUUAUUAAGUGAUUCAUGCCAUAAUCAGUAUAUCAAAGCCAUUCAAUAGUUGGUGGUACACCUUCUGUCAGAUUGCAGUUACCACUGUGCUGCUUCUUUGUUUCGGCUUAGUUGCUAUGUCUUGAAGUGUAUUACAUUAGGCUAGUAGGUUGAGGAAGCAAGUAGUUCGUGUUGUUGGAUAGCAGUCGGUUUCUUGAGAGUUCAUUCAUGGUGCUAGCUAUGUUUGUGGGGGGGGGGGGGGGGGGGGGGGGGGGGGGGGGGGGGGGGGGGGUAUGAUAUAUGUCUAUUAUGUGACUAUAAUGAAGGAUUCUGCAGAAGGGAAUUCUCACUCACCAUGCUGUCUUUCGUUCCCAUGCGACUAGGUGUGAUCGUUUUCUUCUCGUAUCCAUUAGUUUGCCCGUCUGUGGAGUUUUGAUUUGUACCCUGUUCGAGGUGUGUUUGCUGCACUGCUUGAAUGUCGGUGCGUAUAAGACGCUCGUGUGUCGCCUUCCAGUUCUGAACUGAAUGAUGGUUGUCUUGGAUUCUGAGUUCAUCUAGAUGGACAUAUAUCUGUUAGAUCGACAGACCUGUCGAUUAUGGUUUUGAUAUAACUAAAGUUUCAAGCCUCAAAGAGUUUCAAGACUCACUUAAAACUGGAGGUAUGUAUGCUUUUGGGUUGAACCGGAGGACUCUACUGUAUAUGAAGGAGAGAACUAGAUUGGUGUUGUAUGGUCUGAUCUAAUCUAGAAUCAGACCAAAUCUACACAAGAAACAUAUCAAAAGUAAAGGAAACAUGAAGACCAGAAAUCGCAGCAGGAGUAAUAAACAGGCUUCAUUUGAUGAUUGAAAUUAAGUAAAAUCCUCUUUUUAAUCUGGCUUGAAUCUCCAUUUCAUGCGACUUGAUUGGGUGCUGACAGGAUUGUUGCUCCCCCUUCAGCAAGUUCAUCUCUUCUCCAUAUAAUUCUAACCUAAUAAACUAAUACACCCAUGUAAUUUGUUUCAUGAUUAUUCGGCUCAAGAACAAGAAGGAUCGUGUAUAGUUCUUGAAUGAAUAAUGCCAUAAAUCAAUCAAUCAACGAAAUUAAGGGGGUGAGUCAGCCAUAUAACUAUAUUUAUAAAAGUACUCAUCCGAAACCAUUAAAUCGUACAGUACCGUACGGACGGUUCAACCACAAAAUACCAGUAUCGGAGGCUAACCUGAUAGACGGUAAUUAACGAUUGAACUACGAGUCAACCACGAUUUUACCGUAAUACCCUAAUAUUAACUUUUCGGUACGGUGUCCGGUACAGUUUCAUAGACCAUGUCCGAAACUGAUUCGUGAACUUUGUUCACAGAAAGGAAUUUUCCUGCUUAAGAAGAAAAAUGUGGCCAAACUAUGAAAAAGAUAUAUUGGCACUUUGUUUAAAAUAAUUCCCUUAAAUUUUCUUGUUCCCCACAACUACAAGAAAUCUCUCCUCCAUGUGGGUGGUUUGAAAAUGACAAAAUGCCAAAUAAAAGGUCCCACUUUAGAUACUAAUUAAUUAUUUUUAUGUUAUGAUUUAAGGGUUGUGUUCAUGCAUCUUCACUGCUGAACAUAAUUAGAAAACCCCAUUUAUUGCCUCUGCACUGCACCUGCUCUUAGAUAAUUAAUGUGGCUAAUAAAUAAUGUAUGGGCACCUGAACAUAAUUAGUGCUUAAUCAUGAUUGGUUUCGGGCUCGUGGCCUCCACACUUCGAUCUUCACGGCCCCUCUUUCAUCCAGCUUUUUUCUCUUACAUCAACUCUCCAUAGGAGAUAUAGUUACGGUAUACGAAAUUGUUUCAUAAUUCUAAGUCGUCAAUGCGAACAUGAGAUAACCCCUCGUUCUAAGUUUAUUAUUCGUUUUCAUGUUUCACAAACUUAAUGAGAUGAUACAAGUCAAUAUUAUUUAUAAAAAAAAUUAGUAAAUUGCUGUAUUUUUGUAAGUAAAAAAAUUAAAAACUCUUUCAAUAACCUGAGUUUUUGGAAUCAAUUGAUUCACAAUGUUAUUGUUAUGCGUUCAGAAUCAAUGUUUUAUAACGUAAAUAAAAUAACAAGUGGUCGGAGUGCAUCAAUGGUGGAUUUGAUUAUGUGUCGACAUUGAUGAUGAUAUUGCCAUACAACUUGUCAUUUACUAUUAUUAUUAUCACUUAGACAUAAACUACUAUAUGCUCCUUUUUUGGAAAUUUUAACAGCUGAGUAGUCAAAACAUGGCAACAUUUCAAAGCUAGUUAGGUUUCAAGGCAUAUCCAUGCACCUUGCUUUCCUUCUGGACAGUGGGGAGUAAAAAGAAGGGCAAAGGGUAAUUCACUUGCUCUUUCUCACACAUUGGCGGCUUUUAUGGGCUAAUUACUAGAAUAAUAGAAUGAUAAUCAAGCUCAUAUUGACGGAGUGCUUAAUUACUAAUCAUAAUUUACUCGAAUUAUUUGAAUGCUUAAUUAUCGAUUCAAAAAAGAUAUUUUGAUAUAGUCACUUAUACAAUUAUGUAUUCAGAUUACUUGUUAUUAUACAAAUAUCGUAUAUUUAUGACAUAUCAAAAUAAUAUCGUACACAGAUAUCAGACUCUCUUCAUAAAAAUAUAUUUGAUCAAAAGGUUCAUUAAUCAUUGCGAUGAUCGAAUGGCAACUCAAAGGAUCCCCUACUUCCUCUCAACUUGCAAUUCAUUUUUUGGAUUGUACAUAUAGGAUCGAGUCCAAAUCUUGAUGAUGAUGGGAGAACCUCCACUAAAUUUCAGGUUUAGUGUUUAUGUCUUAUUUGUCGUCUCUUUUGCUCCUGUCCUGGAUAUAUAUAUAUAAAACUAACGACGAUUACUAGUGCAAUAAUUACGUUGGAAACUAGUUUAUUACUCUCCCUCUUGGCAUUCUUUUUUAUCAACUUGGAAUUGGAAGUUAUAUAUAGCAUAGGUAAUUAACAAAAUGAUUUGUGUUUCAAUUAGUGAGCUAACUUACAAGCUUGGGUAGCAUAGGUGAUGGGAGUCUGAACCUAAACCAUUUUAGAAAAAAAUGGCAUUAAAAUGAGACCAUUUUAGAAUACACAAGUCAAUAGGUUGGGUUGACAAAUGUUAGAACUAUACAAAAACAAUAAUAUCAUGAUUCUAAAGUUGAAUGAUAUUACGGCGCCCUACAAAUAGCCAAAUCAAGUAGUCUGAUGUCAAGUUAUUUUCAGCACAUAACGGAUGAACGUGUGACAUCCUAAUAAACGAAAAUUUUAGCA